AUGGGUUCAGGAAGCCUAAUUUUGAGUAUAUGUGCCGCUUUAUAUCUUUUUAAUGGAGGAAGAUGGACAAUAGUGCUAUCUGCAUUUGUCUUGACAUAUUUGUACAAACUAGAAAAGAGAUCAACACCCAUACCACAAUCAUCACCGCCACCACCACCACCAGCCACUGAGAAUUCUGCUGAGGGUAGCUCGAAGUCUCCCAUAUAUGCUGUUGACUUCACAUCAACAACAUUCACACCAUCAACAACUACAAACAUUCCCAAGACAGUGCGUCUGCGGGCUAAGAGAUCUCCCAAAAUUAUCAAGGCUAGUAAACCAACACCACAACAAUCAAACGAACCAAUUUUAACUCGGUCGCAAGUAGACCUCAAGAAAUCACAAAUAUACAUCUUUUAUACUACAUUGACGGGAUCUUCGUUGAGAUUAGCCAAACAUUUGCAUGAAAAAUUGACAUUGAUGGAGUUAGCCCAUGAGCCACAAUUGUUGAGUCUUGAUGAUGAUGUUGACGAUCUUGAGAAAUACUUUUUGAAAACCCCAAAAGAUGACGAUAAUACAAAGAAUAUAUAUCUUUUGGUGUUGCCUUCUUAUGAAACUGAUUCCCCAAUCGAUUACUUUUUGGAGCAUUUGAUUGACACAUAUCAAGAUUUCAGAGUGGACAAGUACCCAUUAAGGUCAAUUUUGGGGUUUGCUGUAUUAGGCUUGGGUGACUCUGAGAGUUGGCUGGGUGAUAAGUUUUGCUACCAAGCAAAGUUGGCUGACAGAUGGUUAGGGAAGCUAGGUGGUAGGAGGUUGUAUCCUUUGGGUGAAGUUUGUAUGAAGUAUGAAGGUGAGCCUAAAGCCAAGGAAUGGGUACAAAACUUUGCCGAGCUUUUAGUUGACGAAGAACCAUUUUAUAUUGAUGAAAAUAAUGACGAUGAGUUUGAUGACAGUGACAAAGAAGAUAAUAGUGAUGACGCAAACACGUUGGUUGAUGUCGAGGAUAUGGGCGAUAUAAUACGCAAAACAGGCCAGAGAUCGACACAGCAAAUGGAAGUGAAACAAAUGGUUGCAAAAGAUUCUCCAACAUUCAAAACACUCACUAAGCAAGGGUACACUAUUGUGGGUUCGCAUUCCGGAGUUAAAAUAUGUAGGUGGACAAAGUCGGCAUUAAGAGGAAGAGGAUCAUGUUACAAGUUUGCGUUUUAUGGUAUCAAGUCGCAUUUAUGUAUGGAGACAACACCAUCGUUGGCAUGCUCAAACAAAUGUGUGUUUUGUUGGAGGCAUGGAACCAACCCAGUGGCGAAACUGAAUUGGAGAUGGGAAUUGGAUCCUCCCGAGAAGGUGAUGCAGGGCGCCUUGCAGGGUCACUAUCAAAAAAUCAAACAAAUGAGAGGUGUUCCCGGCAUCCAAAUGGAUAGGUUCCAAGAAGCAUUCAAGGUGAAACAUUGCGCAUUGUCACUUGUUGGAGAGCCCAUUUUUUACCCUCACAUCAACGAAUUUGUUGGCAUGCUACACGAACAGCACAUUAGUUCAUUUUUGGUCUGUAAUGCUCAACACCCGGAUAAUUUAUCAAAACUAGCAAAAGUGACCCAAUUAUAUGUAAGUAUUGAUGCUCCAACAAAGACCGAUUUGAAGAAAGUAGAUCGUCCUUUGAAUAGCGAUUUUUGGGAAAGAUUAAUGUCUUGUUUGGAUAUAUUGAGAACUACUCAGUCACAUCAACGUACCGUUUUCAGAUUGACCUUGGUAAAGGGCUUCAACAUGACUGAUAUCAAGAGCUAUGCUGAUAUGGUUGAACGCGCAUUACCUUCCCAAAUUGAAAUCAAAGGAGCUACAUUCUGUGGCUCGUCCAGUGGUAAUGGAAAUCCAUUGACGAUGCAAAAUAUUCCAUUCUACGAAGAGUGUAAAGAGUUUGUCAGGUCGUUGAACGAUGAAUUGCGUGCAAGAAAUCUAGGUUAUGACAUAGCUGCGGAACACGCGCACUCGUGCUGUAUCUUGGUUGCUCACGAAAGGUUUAGAAUCAAUGGUGUAUGGCAUACUCAUAUUGAUUACCCUAAAUUCUUUGAAUUAUUGGAGUCAGGUCAAGAAUUUGUUGAUAUUGAUUACAUCAAGCCAACUCCAGAAUGGGCCGUUUGGGGUUCUGAAGAAGCGGGAUUUAACCCUGUAGACACUAGAUGGGAUAGAAAGGCCGAGAAAUUGAAAAAUAAGUUGGCCAGAGAGGAAGAAGCUAAAAGAAAAGAACAGCAGAUACCAGUUGAGGUUAUAUAG